ACCUUAAAAUGUACCCACCUGAGUUGUGCUUGUGUUUAUAAUUUAUAAACAAAUCUCUAAUAGCAAUAUAAUCAUUUUACUAAAGCAGAUGUUCAAGUGAGUUUUGCACUGGCUUUGCAUGAGACUACUACGUAUAUUGGUUUUAAUUGUUGUUGAUAAUGGUCAAAGAAACACCGCCAAAAAUUGUCAAAGCUACUCUCAAGCGCAAAGCUCCCGCUACCACUGACGCUGGGCCAAGUGCUGUUGAAAGUGAAGUAACCGGUAAUGAAGUAGUCCCUGUAACUGAUGUAGCAGUUAGCGAGGAAAUUAAAGAGGAGAAGCAUUUUGUCUUUAAAAAACAGUCAUUCAAUUAUCAUGGAACGGUGAAUAAUAAGAAGAGAGUCUGGAAGUCUUUGAAGCAAAUCCUCACUCACGAGCGAAGUCUCCCAUGGCCAGAGUCUUAUGUCCAUUAUUCUCAUAUCUCAGCUCCUCCAUCUUUCAAGCCAGCAAAGAAGUAUUCAGAUAUCUCCGGCUUAACGGCAAAAUAUACAGACCCUCAGACUAAAUUACAGUAUGCAAUGGCAGAAGAAUUUAGCACUGUGCGUAGUUUACCAAGUGACAUUAUCAGCGGUUAUCUAUCAUUACGAGGAGUAAAUAGUGUGAUUGGUUAACUUAUUCCCAACAAUUCUGAGCUUAAAAGUGUUCACUGGCUGUGAGUUUUUUCUCCCUUUUCUCUAUUUCAUGUUCUUUCCCCUCCAACAACUGAUUUUCUUCUGAUAAAGUGUUAUAUGUUAUCUAAUAGUCUUUAAGCAUCCUUUCUAUUUUUAAUAUCAUAUCUGUAUUCCUCAAUUGUAAAAAUUUCAAAACAGGGAGGACAUCUCACCAAAACUGAGGUAAAUACCACAUUUUCCUAUAUUUUAAUGACAUUAGCAGGCUAAUCUUAAAAUCAACUGAUUAAAUAAUUCGAAGAUGACUUUGCGGGCAGUAUGCAAAUAAAAUGUAAGGAUUUCGUACAAUCAAAUAAUUUUACUUUCUAGUCAGUUUCUAAUUUACCAACGGUGCACUGUUCUUGGUUCAGUGCCUCUAAAUGAUAUUCAAGGUAGGUUUGGCUCCUAAAAUGUUGGUCUACUACCUAGCACCAAGUCCUCCACAAGAAAAGGAGCAAAAAAAUCAUUACCAUUGGUGGAGAGAGGAGGGGUGGGGUUCGAAUCACCUCUCUUCCACCAAAAUAUUUAAAACGCUUCUCUUAAAUCUUGCCUGAAUUGUGUUUUUACUACUUGAUCCCCAAAAUAUGUUUUGAUUUUUCAAAUUUAUGCAGCAUCAGAUUUUUUUGGUAUGAAACAAAUUAUACACUAUUCAUAGACUAAAAUGUGAUAAAUUUACCCCAUAUAAAACUAAUUUUUACACUUCUAGUGAGCAUGUAGAUUUUGGAGACAUGCUCAUUGUGUACCGUGUGCACUGUGCACACAUCUCAGUUUCGGAAGCGCUCAAAUUUUGAAAAAAUGCCUCUAUUCUUCAAUGGCGUGUACUCACUGCACAAGUUUAGACAUCAAACGGUGGAUUUUGUAAUGCCGUGUGGCCAUUGUAAGAGCGUUUAUUAGUUUUGCAUCAUAACUUUCCUGAAACACAUUAGAGGAAAACGUUUAUUACAAUUACUGCAAAUUCAAACUUGGCCAGAUUGACCUUCCUUGCGAGAUUUAAGUCCUUUUUUUAAGCUCUUAUAAUUAAGUAUUAAGUAGAUUCUAAGAUCGUUUGAAUCAUAUUCGCGUUUGUAUCUGGUAGUUGAGACUAUUCCAUAAAUGGGAUACUUAAUCACGACCUAAGACUUGCUUUUUUGAGUUUUCUUUCUCGCUUUUUCCCAAGAUAAGAAAUUAUUUGUUGGGUUGACGAAAUAAAUUUGAUCAACAUGGUCAUCAAUGUGAGAGAAAGUCGCUUGAUUCAAUAUAUCAGGGGUGCUAAUCAGAGCUCUACUCUUUGGGAAUAUUUAUUGGGGUGCUAAAUAUUGGAGAGUCAAGCUCUGAUAGACAGCUCUGAUCAUGUGAAUCAUAUAAUCUCCUCUCAUGUUGAAGAACAUACUGAUACAUACUGAACAUACUGUGACCUCAGCUGAAAGGACCUCGCCCAUGUAUCACUUCAGAAAGUGCAUUGUAAGUUGUAACCCUCUGAUGCAACUAACAGUGCCAGUUUUUAGGUAAAUAAGCUCUGGUUAUCUAUGUUUCCCUCUAUUCUGCGGGACGAUUAUUGAAACUAUGUCAGCCCGACACGACAAGACAUAGCCCUAUCUUAAUAAUGCAAUAUAUCGCAAUUUGAUGUCGAAUCGGGCUGGUUUAAAUUUCAAUAAUCGACCCGAAGGGCAUCUUAGAAACAGGCUUGCAAUUUUAUGUGAAGGCAAAGUGCCUCGCCAGGAAUCGAUUGUUUUACAUACAUUUAAAUGGAAGAAAGACAGUGUUGUCAACCUUCUAGAAUUGCCACUGAUUCAGAAUCAAUAAAAAAUCUUUACUUAGAUA